AUGAGGAAAUAUUGGAGCAGUUUCACAGACGUAAUAUUUAAAAACCCCGCGGCCCCUGACACGGUAGGAUGAUAUGCAACUCUCUUGGUGUAGCAGUCAAUUAUGUCAUGGUUGUUUGCGGAAAAUAUAUAAUUUAACUGUAUAGCCUACUUCUCUGUCAUGGUUGGGGUGUUAUUCACUGUAAAUUAAUAAAAACGAAUUCCAGUGUGUUGUUUGUAUGUAACAAUGGCUUGACAUUGGCUUCUAAGCUUUAUGAAAUAUGCUCUCACUAACUAUGUGCUUGCGUGCGUGCGUGCGUGCGUGCGUGCGUUCGUCUGUCUGGCUGUCUGUGAUACAGGUUAAGGAUGACCAUGAGAAGAAGCAGCAGCAGGACUCCCAUGUGGGCAGCAAUGAUGAGAAUACUGACAGGGGGAACUGGACAAAUAAGAGGGAAUACAUGUUGUCUAUGAUUGGCUACGCUGUGGGUCUGGGGAAUGUAUGGAGGUUCCCCUACCUGGCCUAUAAGAAUGGAGGAGGUAAGUGGACACACACACACCAGUGGCGGUCGGUGCAGUUUAAGAUUAGGGAUGAUGAUUUUUGAGCAUGGCCUAAUUUCUAUUACAGCCUAUUGGAUGACUUGUCAUUCAUAUUCCAUUCACCCAAGCUCAAUGUUUAGUCUACUACAUGAUACUCGAAUUUGCCCAAUACCCAUCAUGAGGUUGCUACAACCUAGCCUAAAAAUGAAAGUUUAUAACAUAGGUGUACAGGUUGAAACAAAUUGGAGUAAUCAAGGUGACAGACGGUGGCACAUUCAAUACAGCCUUGCACACUCUUGCCAGAAUCUAGCUGAUCUGGGGUGUAGUCACUAGUCCAAACAGUGGCAACACGGAACGUCUAAAACUAGAGUUUCUACUGGACAAAUUCCGCUAGUUUCAUCCCCCGUUUUGUUCCGUUUCCUUCCGUUUAAGAAAUGUUUUGCAACAGAAUCGGUGGAAUGAAUACACCCCCGAUCACCCGUUCACUUUCAUAGCAGCCACAUACAGUAUCAUCACUUUGCUUGUUGAAUAAUUCGUUCUCACAUCUACGCUCUCUCUCCUCUCACCUUUUCCCUUUGCUUGGUAUUCAGUGCACAACACAACAGUUGUCUGACUAGGCGAAAAAACGUAUCUAAGUCAAACCUUCAUACCAUAACCACUAACUGCUAACCGCUACACAGCCUACAUCAUUGAGUGCGGUUACAUGCACACAAUAAUGCAAUUAUUGUGGAUAGUCAGAUUACUAUAAUAGUUUGAUUAAAACAUUUACACGCUUUGCAAGAAGAACGAUUUCCCUAAUAAUCCUGUUUACAUGGACACAUCUGAAAUCAGGCUAGCUGAUGGCACUCUGAUAAAUGCAAAAAAAUCGCCAAUCAAAAUAAACGUUCUACCACAGCGAACAUGUUAUGUUUGGGAAGCAUAUUUGAUUCUGAGUUCGGACAUAUAAAGUUUUAUGUGAAAACUACUUCUAAGAAACGUGCACUACCGGUCAAAAGUUUUAGAACACCUACUCCAUUCAAGGGUUUUUAUUUUAUUUUUAGUAUUUUCUACAUUGUAGAAUAAUAGUGAAAACAUCAAAACUAUGAAAUAACACAUAUGGAAUCAUGUAGUAACCAAAAAAGUGUUCAACAAAUCAAAAUAUAUUUGAUAUUCUUCAAAUAGCCACCCUUUGCCUUGAUGACAGCUUUGCACACUCUUGGCAUUCUCUCAACCAGCUUCACCUGGAAUGCUUUUCCAACAGUCUUGAAGGAGUUCCCACAUACGCUGAGCACUUGUUGGCUGCUUUUUAUUCACUCUGCGGUCGACUCAUCCCAAACCAUCUCAAUUGGGUUGAGGUCGGGUGAUUGUGGAGGCCAGGUCAUCUGAUGCAGCACUCCAUCACUCUCCUUCUUGGUCAAAUAGCCCUUACACAGCCUGGAGGUGUGUUGGGUCAUUGUCCUGUUGAAAAACAAAUGAUAGUCCCACUAAGCCCAAACCAGAUGGGAUGGCGUAUCGCUGCAGAAUGCUGUAGUAGCCAUGCUGGUUAAGUGUGCCUUGAAUUCUAAAUAAUUCACAUACAGUGUCACCAGCAAAGCACCCCCACACCAUAACACCACCACCUCCUCCAUGCUUUACGGUGGGAAAUACACAUGCGGCGAUCAUCCGUUCACUCACACUGCGUCUCACAAAGACAUGGCGGUUGGAACCAGAAAUCUCAAAUUUGGACUUAUCAGACCAAAGGACACAUUCCCACCAGUCUAAUGUCCAUUGCUCGUGUUUCUUGGCCCAAGCAAGUCUCUUCUUAUUAUUGGUGUCCUUUAGUAGUGGUUUCUUUGCAGCAAUUCAACCAUGAAGGCCUGAUUCACGUAGUCUCCUCUGAACAGUUGAUGUUGAGAUGUGUCUGUUACUUGAACUCUGUGAAGCAUUUAUUUGAGCUGCAAUUUCUGAGGCUGGUAACUCUAAUGAACUUCUCCUCUGCAGCAGAGGUAACUCUGGGUCUUCCAUUCCUGUGGCGGUCCUCAUGAGAGCCAGUUCCAUCAUAGCGCUUGAUGGUUUUUGCAACUGCACUUGAAGAAACUAGAACUAACACAUUAGUAAACCCACAAUCCAAUCUAUGUGUACAAUCACGGAGUACAGUGUACAGCAAGUAGUUAGCCUGGCGGUCACCGGUGGCAAUACCUUUAUAAACCCGAAAGCUUACCUUGACUUGGAAGAGUUUCAGUGUUGGAUAGCCUUAGCCAGCUAGCUAACAUAAAUAGCAUUCCUCUGUGUUUGAGUCAGGUUGUUGAGUAGGCUAAAUUAGCUGUCUAAGUGAGUGAAAGGUAAACUAAGAGGAAGAAACAAAACAACUGCUUAUCCAUAUUUUUUUAAAGAAAUGAAUUUGUUCAAAACUGUUCAACUAUUGUCUAUCUCUGAGCCAACUACUCACCACACUUUAUGCACUGCUGUGCUAGCUAGCUGUAGCUUAUGCCUUUAGUACUACAUUCAUUCUCUGAUCCUUUGAUUGGAUGGACAACAUGUCAGUUCAUGCUGCAAGAGCUCUGAUCGGUUGGAGGACGUCCUCCGGAAGUCAUCAUAAUUACUGUGUAAGUCUAUGGAAGUGGGUGAGAACCAUGAGCCUCUUACGUUUUGUAUUGAAGUCAGUGUACCCAGAGGAGGACGGAAAAUAUCUUUGCUCCGGCUACACCAUUAUUAUACCCUAGAAGGUGCUGUUGAGGCUACUGUAGACCUUCAUUGCAAAACAGUGUGUUUUAAUCAUUAAUUUGAUAACAUUAAUAUAUUUAGUAUAGUUUUAUGUAAAAAUCAUUUCUUUCUGAAAUUCACUGAAUAGGAUGGUCCUCCCCUUCCUCCUCUGAGGAGCCUCUACUGACACACACACACACUGACCUAAGCUUGCUUAGUGUGCACUAAUGACACACCUGUCCACUGUUCAAUAGGAACUCAGUACCCUAUAACAGGGUUCCCCAGUUGCAUUCAGCCGUGGUCCGAUUUUUCCUUGAGCAGAUGGUCGGGGGCCGAAACAUAGUUAUAAAUAAUUUGUACACUGCAAAUUGACCGCAAGAAUCUUAAACAGAUCAAGUAUUUGACAAAAACAGAAUCAUUUAAAACCUUGAUAACUAUGGGAUAAGCUCACAUGCCUCUAUUUAUGCGUGGGUGUACAUGGCAACAUGUUUCCUAAAUUAAAAUCACUUGAAGCUCAUUUCCUGAUGAUUUUAGUCUUAUGUCCCAAAAAAUGAUAAUUGUCAGAACUUGGGGGGCCAAAUAAAAUCACCUGCCGUCCAAAUUUGGCCUGCGGGCCGCCUAUUGGGGAAUCCUGCCCUAUAAUCACACUUCUAAACGUGACCAUGGCAGAACGUUCUUAAAGGUACAGUUCAGAUUAUCGUAUUUAUUGGAGUUUUAAGCCCAUAUACGCUCCAACCAUUCACUGACUACCUCAUAUUCCUGGAUUUGUUAUCACAGUGUCAAAUUCUCUCUCCUCUCUCUCUCUAGGUGCUUUCCUCAUCCCGUAUGUCAUCAUGUUGGCUGUUGCUGGUAUACCUAUGUUCUUCCUGGAGAGUUCCUUCGGUCAGUUCUGCAGCCAAGGCCCCGUCAACGUGUGGAGAGCUCUGCCCAUAUUUCAGGGUAAGACUAACCCUUGUACCUCGUACCCCUAAUUUAGCCCCUUAGCCCAUACCGGUCCCAAUUCACUGUCUACCCAUUACUCUUGGUCUCAACCCUUCAAUGUUUGCAGAUACAGUAUGUAAGGUGUAAGCUAUUUUUUUUGGAACCCCCACCACUACUGCUUAUACCUAGCCAGGCUCUUCAGAUCUGCAGACAUUGAAGGGUAAGGGCCAAAGGUAAUGGGUAAGGAGUGAAUUGGGACCGGCUGUACGACUGGUUUUUCCACUACUAGGAACUCAUCCAUUCACAUUUUGUGUGAGCAGCCAGCCCAUUACACCACUGGAUCAGCCUUAUUGACCUUAGAGGAAAAUGGUCUCAAGUUUGUUUGAACAGUGUACUAAUGGUUAACCAUAUGACCUGAACUUAAACUCUAUGUAUGAGCUGGAGGAACUAUCAGUCUAGCCCCAGGGCUAACCCUAUAAGGCUGCUAGUCCAUUUACUGUAUGUACCCAGCCCCUGGGCUGACCUAUAACCCUACCAAGCCCCAAGCUCAGUGGGUUAAUGUGUCACUCUGUCAGACUGGCCUCUAGCUGCUGUAUGCCAAACACAGAACACAUUUAUGGUGCACUUUUAUUGACUCACGGUAAAGACAUUACUCAAUAUUGGAUCAAGUCCUUCUCUACUGCUAUUGAUUAGUUAUAAAACUGUAUAGGGUAGUGUUUCCAAAUCCUGGUUUUUGUUUUUACCCUAAACCUACGCAACGCACCUAAUUCUAAUAGUUGAUUAUUUCAAUCCGGUGUGUAGUGCUAGGGCAUAAACAAAAAUGUGCACCCAGAUCCAGGAUUAAGAAACACUGGUCUAGGGUGUGCAUGUAAGCAAUUUCUUAGUAAUACUUGUUUGUGACCAAUCCAUAUAUACACUGAACAAAAAUAUAAAUGCAACAUGUAAAGUGUUGGUCCCAUUUUUUAUGAGCUGAAAUAAAAGAUCCCAGAAAUGUUCCAUCAGCACAAAAAUCGUAUUUCUCUCAAAUGUUUAGCACAAAUUUGUUUACGUCCUGUUAGUGAGCAUUUUUCCUUUGCCAAGAUAAUCCAUCCACCUGAUAAGUGUGGUAUAUCAUUACACAGGCGAACCUUGUGCUGGGGACAAUAAAAGGCCACACAAAUGUUUAGUUUUGUCACACAACACAAGGCCACAGAUUUCUCAAGUUUUGAGGGAGCGUGCAAUUGGCACGCUGACUGCAGGAAUGGCCACCAGAGCUUUUGCCAGAGAAUUGAAUGUUUUGGAGAAUUUGGCAAUUCCUGGCAGCUGAAAAUGUCCCAGUUCUUCCAUGGCCUGCAUACUCACCAGACAUGUCAACCAUUGAGCAUGUUUGGGAUGCUCUGGAUCAACGUGUACGACAGCGUGUUCAAGUUCCCGCCAAAUUCCAGCAACUUUGCACAGCCAUUGAAGAGGAGUGGAACAACAUUCCACAUGCCACAAUCAACAGCCUGAUCAACUCUAUGUGACGGAGAUGUGUCGCGCUGCAUGAGGCAAAUGGUGGUCACACCUGAUACUGACUGGUUUUCUGAUCCACGCCCCUACUUUUUUUUAAAGGUAUCUGUGACCAACAGAUGCAUAUCUGUGAUGUGAAAUCCAUAGAUUAGGACCUAAUUAAUUUAUUUCCAUUGACUGCUUUUUCUUAUAUGAACUGUAACUCAGUAAAAUCUUAGAAAUUGUUGCUUGUUGCGUUUUAUAUUUUUGUUCAGUGUAAUUUUUUUACAUUGCCACUGCAAUUAUUCUUGCGCGUGCUUUGGUGGAUACAUCGUACCGUAGAAUGUCUCACUUAUCAUGUGUUCUCUGCCACGUCUUCCUUGGAAAAGAGAAUGUUUACCUUAAUGGGACUUCCUUGAUUUAGAUACAUCUUAAGAUGAGGAACUACAACGUGACAGGUUGACCAGUAUACCAGGAAGCACUGGUUCUGGCUGUUUGCUUCAGGCUGAAUCAGUAUGUGAUAAAGAUGGAACUUCACAGACCCGUAUGUCUUGUCAAUAAAGAUACUUUUCUAUCAGGGAUGGGGACAAUUCAAUCUAUUCAGGAAGUGAAUUGAAAUUCCAAAUUCAAAUAUUGAAGAACGCUCCUUGAUGAUAAACAUCUAACCCGUCUCCCGCUCCCUCUCACCCACUCCCUCUCCCUCUCUCCUUCUCCCACUCCCUCUCUCCCCUUCUCCUUCUCCCUCUCUCCUUCUCCCACUCCCUCUCCCUCUCUCCCACUCCCUCUCUCCUUCUCCUUCUCCCUCUCUCCUUCUCCCUCUCUCCUUCUCCUUCUCCCUCUCCCUUUCCCUAUCCUCUCCAGGUGUGGGUGUAGCUAUGGUUUUGGUAAGUACGUUAGUAGGCAUCUACUACAAUGUCAUCAUUGCCUACAGUCUCUACUACAUGUUUGCCUCCUUCCAGUCCCCUCUGCCAUGGAGUGACUGUUUCUACUGGUCCAACAGCAACUGUAGCCUCACACCUAGAGGUACCUGUUUUAUAACAUAGUGUCACAUUGAAAGAUGUAGUGAAGUUUCCCUGUUGUGCAGCUUUUGCUCUUCCAUCGUUUUAAUUAGUCUCAAAACAAAAGAACCUGGACCAAUAUUUUACGUUGCCUAACAUUUAAAAACGUUUUCCAUGAUAUGCUUAAAUGAAAACGACCCAGGUGAACCUGAAAAGAGUGCCCAGUAACUUUACCACUCUGACCAAGGGCUUCUGACCUCUACAGAAGUGUGCAACAUUACUCCAGCUGCCAACUGGAGUGUACCAGUAAUUGCAGCCAACAUGACACUGUGGGAGAAUGAGACCUGCCCAAAGGAAAACAUAUUCAACAUCCCAGUACAGAGCCCCAGCGAACAGUAUUGGGAGUGAGUAACACACACACAUACAUACAUACACACUUUGCCUUGAUUCUGUUUCAAUUUCACUCACAGUUGAAAAUACUUCAGAGGUCGCACAGGUUGUGUUGAAUGCCAGGUUGUCUGUAUAAUGUUGUGUUUAAACUGUGUCUGACUGUAAGAUGUGCCGGUCUGUAAGGUGGUCAAUCUGUCUUUGUCCAUCCCCAGCCUGGUGGCCUUACAAAGGUCUAGUGGUCUGGAUGAGACCGGUCCGGUGGUCUGGCAUCUGGCUCUCUGUCUGCUACUGGGAUGGCUGCUCAUCGCUGCUGCCCUUUACAAAGGCAUCAAGUCUUCAGGAAAAGUCUGUAUGACCCAGAUCCAUUUCCUGUUUGUGUGUGUGUGUAGUAGUGAUAGUGAUGCGUGGGUUGACUCAUAACCCACAGUCGCCGUGGUUAUAUCCAUGGGGCGGGCAGGUUUAGGGUCAUGAAAUAUUGAAUAAGGAGAAAACAAUACCUUUAAUUAUUUUAGGCUAGCUGGCAUUAGUGCAUAAACCUAAGCUUUAGAGCCUUACUGUAAGUGCACCAAAUAGCUUACAUGCCAAUCGCCAAAUGCAUUUGGAAACGUCGAUCCACAGAGGAAAAAAAUUACAAUGUCUGAGUUUAUUUCAAUAAGAAAAAAGCUGCGAAAUGGAGAGUUGAAAAUAAAGAGAAGGGAGGGCCAAAAAAGUAAUGUUUGGGGAAGAUUUGGUGAAGUGGUAAAAGAGGAUGACAGCAGUGCCAGCUAUGUUAUUUGUGAUGAUUGUGAGGCACUAUACAAAUUUGACAGUCACAAGACCGGGACUUCAAAUAGGCUUAUGGCACGUCAAGGGAACUGUAGCCUACUGUUCAGAUGGGUUAAAUGGAAACUGAAAUCUGGACACUGACUGUAGGUCUAUAACUUCUCACUUAGCCUUAUUAAGUCCUGCAGAAUUAAAAAUGUCUUGCAGUAAAAUGAUACACCAAAUGUAGGCAAUUUUUAGUCAGAAACAGGAGGGAGAAAUAUAAUUUAUUUAUUUCAUAAUCUUGAGAGAAUGCGAAUCCGCAGUUAGAACCGCGACAGACUGUAUCUAUCUAUAUCAGCAUCAUAAAAGCUGAUAGUAUUUCAACCACAUAAAAUAUGCAUCCAAGCUGAACUGAAAUCUUAUCAGAAACAUGUUGGGUCGUUUUCACAGCUUUCUAUUUCAUUACAACCGGUCAAACUGAUGUCAUUUGGAAAUUUUACACAGAAAAUCUUUCCAGUUUGUUUAAGUUAUUUCAUUUUCUCCCCGGUCCCUAAACGUCUUUGCUCCAUGGAAGUAUCAGAAUUGACGGAGAACUUUACCGUCGUCAACUAGAUUGAAGCAUUCAUUCUAUCGAUUUAUGACAUUAUUCUGGUGAGCAAGGGUUUACUUAUUCUUCUUGGGCAACAUAAUGACAGAAGAGAAGCUGCACGUUGACUUACAAAUAGCCUACCAAAACGUCGGAAAUUAUAAGCAGAAACAUAUCUAAAAUCAGGCAAAAAGAUAGUUAAAAAAAAAGAAGUACUGCCGUCUCUGACGGUAGCCUACAGUAUAUUCUAUAUUAGCGGGUUAGGGUCUGGUGCGCGCCUCAGAUUUUCACUCUAUCACAUAUAGUCAGGAGGUUGCGGAUGGGUUAUUAGCAAUUGCGGGUGGGUGUGGGUGAACAAACAGCUGACCCACUCACCACUAGUGUGUGAGAGUUGGUCCUUUCUUUCUAAUGUGUGUCUCUCGGAUGUGUGUGUGUGUGUGUGUUGUCUCUCUAAUAUUUUUGUGUGUCUGUCCCCAGGUGGUGUAUUUCACCGCUACAUUUCCCUAUGUGGUGUUGCUGAUCCUGCUGAUCCGGGGAGUUACACUAGAGGGCGCAAGAGACGGAAUCGAGUUCUACAUUGGCUCCCAGUCCAACCUCACAAAACUGGGCGAGGCAGAGGUCAGAGCCUAACCUCUUACCUGUCAACUCAAAAUACACAUAUGAUUGAUUGAUGAAGUAACUAAAUACUAUGUCUUUCUGGAAGGUGUGGAGAGAUGCAGCCACACAGAUCUUCUAUUCUCUGUCAAUAGCGUGGGGUGGUGUCACAGCCCUGUCUUCUUAUAACAAGUUCCACAACAAUGUGUUCAAGGACGCACUGACUGUCUGCCUCACCAACUGUGGUAUGACACAAACGCAACUCACACACACCAGACAGAUGCUAAUGGAAUCAUAUAAAGUAGGAAAUGUACAUUGAAGAACACAGUUUCAAUGGUUUCAUUGUGUUCCAGUACAUCGUUUUUCCUUUCCUGUUUAAUGUCACUCUAUAGGUACCAGCGUGUUUGCAGGCUUCGCCAUCUUCUCCAUCCUAGGUCACAUGGCUCAUGUAUACGGAAAGCCUGUAUCAGAGGUGGCCCAGGCAGGUCAGUAGUACACCACUGUACUGUAUUUAGCUUUACCUUACUGACAUAAAUGCCACUUAACAAACACUAACAAAGCGUGUGUGUGCGUGUGUGUGUAGGUUUUGGCCUUGCAUUUAUUGCGUACCCUGAUGCCCUAUCCAAGCUGCCCAUCUCUCCUCUCUGGUCCAUCCUCUUCUUCUUCAUGUUGCUCACCCUCGGACUUGACUCGCAGUUUGCUGGCAUAGGUCAGUCACACAAUUACUUUCAAAGAUAUUUGGAAGUAAGUAUUUAGAUAUUUUUUAUUUGAAAAGACAAGUAGUUGAAUAUUGGAAAAUAUUUGGAAAUACACUUGGAAAGUUUGAAAAUACACAAAUGCAUUUAAAGAUGCACUAUGCAGAAAUCGCUCAGCCAUUUCCUGAUUGCUAAAAUUCUAAAAUUCAAGUAGUUAUUUCAGUUUGUGACAAAACAAGCAAGUACAGUAUAGUGUAGAGAAUCAUUGUACCAUCUAAACCCCUGUGAAAGAUCUUUUCCAUAACCAAAAAUAUUGUAUUUUCAGCUGUUUGAAGCGUACAAAACCGAAAGUAAAAGAUGAAAAAACGAAACUUAAGAAUGGGAAGCAUAGAAAUAGUGCACAUAGAACAGAUUUACUGCUUCUUAGAUUUGCUUCAAUGAGAAUGAGAGAUUUGAAAAUAGUAUUUGUAAUAAGUAUUAGAAAAUAAUUAAAAAUAUUAGUAUAACAUUUUUUUACCCCCUUUUUCUCCCCAAUUUUGUGAUUACAAUCUUGUCUCAUUGCUGCAACUCCCCAACAGGCUCGGGAAAGGCGAAGGUCGAGUCAUGCGUCCUCCGAAACAUGACCUGCCAAGGCGCGAUUCUUAGCACCCGCUCGUUUAACCUGGAAGCCAGCUGCACCAAUGUGUCGGCGGAAACAUUGUUCAACUGACGACCGAAGUCAGCCUGCAGUCGCCUGGCCCAACACAAGGAGUUGCUAGAGCGCGAUGAGCCAAGUGAAGCCCCCCGGCCAAAUCCUCCCCUAACCCGGACGACGAUAGGCCAAUUGUGCGCCGCCCUAUUGGACUCCCGGUCACUGCCGGUUGUGACACAGCCAGCCUGUAGUGCCUUAGACCGCUACUUCCAAUAGAAGUAGUUGAUUCGGGCCACAUUAUUUGAAAAUACUAAAAUACACAGAAAAUAAGUAUUUAAAUAACAAAUAAUAAAGUACACAUGUAUUUUUCAAAUAAUGUGUCCCGAAUCAACUACUUCUAUUGGAAGUAGCGGUCUAAGGCACUACAGGCUGGCUGUGUCACAACCGGCCGUGACCGGGAGUCCAAUAGGGCGGCGCACAAUUGGCCCAGCAUCGUCCGGGUUAGGGGAGGGUUUGGCCUCUAGCGACUCCUUGUGGUGGGCCAGGCGCCUGCAGGCUGACUUCGGUCGUCAGUUGAACAGUGUUUCCUCCGACACAUAUCUCUAUAUCUCUAUAUUUACAUUUGAGUCAUUUAGCAGACGCUCUUAUCCAGAGCAACUUACAGGAGCAAUUAGGGUUAAGUGCCUUGCUUAAGGGCACAUCAACAGAUUUUUCACCUAGUCGGCUCGGGGAUUAGAACCAGCGACCUUUCGGUUACUGGCACAACGCUCUUACCCACUAAGCUACCUGCCGCCCCAUAUCUAUAGUAUCAGUCAAAGGUUUGGACACCUACUCAUUCAAGGGUUUUUCUUUAUUUUUACUACAUUGUACUACAUUUUCUACAUUGUAGAAUAAUAGUGACGACAUCAAAACUAUGAAAUAACACAUAUGGAAUCAUGUAGUAAACAAAAAAGUGUUAAACAAAUCAAAAUAUAUUUUCUAUUUUAGAUUCUUCAAAGUAGCCACCCUUUGCCUUGAUGACAGCUUUGCACACUCUUGGCAUUCUCUCAACCAGCUUCACCUGAAAUGCUUUUCCAACAGUCUUGAAGGAGUUCCCACAUAUGCUGAGCACUUGUUGGCUGCUUUUCCUUCACUUUGCGGUCCAACUCAUCCCAAACCAUCUCAAUUGGGUUGAGGUCGGGUGAUUGUGAAGGCCAGGUCAUCUGAUGCAGCACUCCAUCACUCUCCUUCUUGGUCAAAUAGCCCUUACACAGCCUGGAGGUGGGUUGGGUCAUUGUCCUGUUGAUAAACAAAUAUAGUCCCACUAAGCACAAACCAGAUGGGAUGGUGUAUCACUGCAGAAUGCUGUGGUAGCCAUGCUGGUUAAGUGUGCCUUGAAUUCUAAAUAAAUCACAGACAGUGUUACCAGCAAAGCACCAUCACACCUCCUCCUCCACGCUUCACGGUGGGAACCACACAUGCAGAGAUCAUCCGUUCACCUACUCUGCGUCUCACAAAGACAUGGUGGUUGGAACCAAAAAUCUCAAAUUUGGACUCAUCAGACCAAAGGACAGAUUUCCACCGCUCUAAUGUCCACUGCUCAUGUUUCUUGGCCCAAGCAAGUCUCUUCUUCUUAUUGGUGUCCUUUAGUAGUGGUUUCUUUGCAGCAAUUCGACCAUGAAGGCAUGAUUCACGCAGUCUCCUCUGAACAGUUGAUGUUGAGAUGUCUGUUACUUGAACUCUGAAGCAUUUAUUUGGGCUGCAAUUUCUGAGGCUGGUAACUCUAAUGAACUUCUCCUCUGCAGCAGAGGUAAUUCUGGGUCUUCCAUUCCUGUGGCGGUCCUCAUGAGAGCCAGUUUCAUCAUAGCACUUGAUGGUUUUUGUGAUUGCACUUUAAGAAACGUUCAUAGUUCUUGAAAUGUCCUGUAUUGACUGACCUUCAUGUCUUAAAGUAAUGAUGGACUGUCAUUUCUCUUUGCUUAUUUGAGCUGUUCUUGCCAUAAUAUGGACUUGGUCUUUUACCAAAUAGGGCUAUCGUCUGUAUACCACCUCUACCUUGUCACAACACAUCUGAUUGGCUCAAACGUAUUAAGAAGGAAAGAAAUUCCACAAAUUAACUUUUAACAAGGCACACCUGUUAAUUGAAAUGCAUUACAGGUGACUACCUCAUGAAGCUGGUUGAGAGAAUGCCAAGAGUGUGCAAAGCUGUCAUCAAGGCAAGGGGUGGCUACUUUGAAGAAUCUCAAAUAUAAAAUAUAUUUUGAUUUGUUUUAACACUUUUUGGGUUACAUAUAUAUGCAUGCAUACAUACAGUUGAAGUCGGAAGUUUACAUACACUUAGGUUGGAGUCAUUAAAACUUUUAACACACUCCACAAAUUUCUUGUUAACAAACUAUAGUUUUGGCAAGUCGGUUAGGACAUCUACUUUGUGCAUGACACAAGUAAUUUUUCUAACAAUUGUUUACAGACAGAUUAUUUCACUUAUAAUUCACUGUAUCACAAUUCCAGUGGGUCAGAAGUUUACAUACACUAAGUUGACUGUGCCUUUAAACAGCUUGGAAAAUUCCAGAAAAUGAUGUAAUGGCUUUAGAAGCUUCUGAUCAUCUUCUGACAUCAUUUGAGUCAAUUGGAGGUGUACCUGUGGAUGUAUUUCAAGGCCUACCUUCAAACUCAGUGCCUCUUUGCUUGACAUCAUGGGAAAAUCAAAAGAAAUCAGCCAAGACCUCAGAAAGAAAGUUGUAGACCUCCACAAGUAUGGUUCAUCCUUGGGAGCAAUUUCCAAAUGCCUGAAGGUACCACGUUCAUCUGUACAAACAAUAGUAUGCAAGUAUAAACACCAUGGGACCACGCAGCUGUCAUACCGCUCAGGAAGGAGACGCGUUCUCUCUCCUAGAGAUGAACGUACUUUGGUGCGAAAAGUGCAAAUCAAUCCCAGAAAAACAGCAAAGGACCUUGUGAAGAUGUUGGAGGAAACGGGUACAAAAGUAUCUAUAUACACAGUAAAACAAGUCCUAUAUCGACAUAACCUGAAAGGCCGCUCAGCAAGGAAGGAGCCACUGCUCCAAAACCGCCAUAAAAAAGCCAGACUACGGUUUGCAACUGCACAUGGGGACAAAGAUCGUACUUUUUGGAGAAAUGUCCUCUGGUCUGAUGAAACAAAAAUAGAACUGUUUGGCCAUAAUGACCAUCGUUAUGUUUGGAGGAAAAAGGGGUUAGCUUGCAAGCCGAAGAACACCAUCCCAACCGUGAAGCACAGGGGUGGCAGCAUCAUGCUGUGGGUGUGCUUUGCUGCAGGAGGGACUGGUGCACUUCACAAAAUAGAUGGCAUCAUGAGGAAGGAAAAUUGAAGCAACAUCUCAAGACAUCAAUCAGGAAGUUAAAGCUUGGUCGCAAAUGGGUCUUCCAAAUGGACAAUGACCCCAAGCAUUCUUCCAAAAUUGUGGCAAAAUGGCUUAAGGACAACAAAAUCAAGGUAUUGGUGUGGCCAUCACAAAGCCCUGACCUCAAUCCUAUAGAAAAUGUGUGGGCAGAACUGAAAAAGCGUGUGUGAGCAAGGAGGCCUACAAACCUGACUCAGUUACACCAGUUCUGUCAGGAGGAAUGGGCAAAAAUUCACCCAACUUAUUGUGGGAAGCUUGUGGAAGACUACCCGAAACGUUUGACCCAAGUUAAACAAUGUAAAGGCAAUGCUACCAAAUACAAAUUGAGUGUAUGUAAACUUCUGACCCACUGGGAAUGUGAUGAAAGAAAUAAAAGCUGGAAUAAAUCAUUCUCUCUACAAUUAUUCUGACAUUUCACAUUCUUAAAAUAAAGUGGUGAUCCUAACUGACCUAAGACAGGGAAUCUUUACUAGGAUUAAAUGUCAGUAAUUGUGAAAAACUGAGUUUAAAUGUAUUUGGCUAAGGUGUAUGUAAACUUCCGACUUCAACUGUACAUACAUACAGUGCCUUCGGAAAGUAUUCAGACCCCUUGACUUUUUCCACAUUUUGUUAGGUUACAGCCUUAUUCUAAAAUUGAUUGAAUUGUUUUCCCCCCUCAUCAAUCUACACACAAUACCCCAUAAUGACAAAGCAAAAACUGUUUUAGAAAUGUUUGCUAAUUUUUUUUAACUAAAAAACUGAAAUGACAUUUACAUAAGUAUUCAGACCCAGUACUUUGUUGAAGGACCUUUGGCAGCGAUUACAGCCUCCAAGUCUUCUUGGGUAUGGCGCUACAAGCUUGGCACACAAGUUUCUCCCAUUCUUCUCUGCUGAUCCUCUCAAGCUCUGUCAGGUUGGAUGGAGAGCAUCGCUGCACAGUUAUUUUCAGGUCUCUCCAGAGAUGUUCGAUCGGGUUCAAGUCCGGGCUCUGACUGGGCCACUCGAGGACAUUCAGAGACUUGUCCCGAAGCCAUUCCGGGGUUGUCUUGGUUGUGUGCUUAGGGUCGUUGUCCUAUUGGAAGGUGAACCUUUUCCCCAGUCUGAGGUCCUGAGCGCUCUGGAGCAGGUUUUCAUCAAGGAUCUCUCUGUACUUUGCUCCGUUCAUCUUUCCCUCGAUCCUGACUAGUCUCCUAGUCACUGCCACUGAAAAACAUCCCCACAGCAUGAUGCUGCCACCACCAUGCUUCACCGUAGGGAUGGUGCCAGGUUUCCUCCAGACGUGACGCUUGGCAAUCAGGCCAAAUAGUUCCAUCUUGGUUUCAUCUGACCAGAGAAUCUUGUUUCUCAUGGUCUGAGAGUCUUUAAGUGCGGGCUGUCGUGCCUUUUACUGAGGAGUGGCUUCCGUCUGGCCACUCUACCAUAAAGGCCUGAUUGGUGGAGUGCUGUAGAGAUGGUUGUCCUUCUGGAAGGUUCUCCCAUCUCCACAGAGGAACUCUAGAUCUCUGUCAGAGUGACCAUCGGGUUCUUGGUCACCUCCAUGACCAAGGCCCUUCUCCCACGAUUUGCUAAGUUUGGCUGGGCGGCAAUCUCUAGGAAGGGUCUUGGUGGUUCCAAACUUCUUCCAUUUAAGAAUGAUGCAAGGCCACUGUGUUCUUGGGGACCUUCAAUGCUGCAGAAAUAUUUUGGUACCCUUUCCCAGAUCUGUGCCUCUCCUCAAUCCUCGUGGCUUGUUUUUUUUUAACAUGCACUGUCAACUGUGGGACUUUAUAUAGACAGGUGUGUGCCUUUCCAAAUCAUGUCCAAUCAAUUGAAUUUACCACAGGUGGACUCCAAUCAUGUUGUAGAAACAUCUCAAGGAUGAUCAAUGGAAACAGGAUGCACCUGAGCUCAAAUUCAAGUCUCAUAGCAAAGGGUCUGAAUACUUUUAUUUAUUUAUACAUUUGCAAAAAAAUCUAAAAACCUGUUUUCAGUUUGUCAUUAUGUGUGUAGAUUAUUGAGGAUUUGUAUUUAUUUUAUCAAUUUUAGAAUAAAGCUGUAAUGUAACAAAAUGUGGAGAAAGUCAAGGUGUCUGAAUACUUUCCGAAGGCACUGUAUACAGUGAGGGAAAAAAGUAUUUGAUCCCCUGCUGAUUUUGUAUGUUUGCCCACUGACAAAGAAAUGAUCAGUCUAUAAUUUUAAUGGUAGGUUUAUUUGAACAGUGAGAGACAGAAUAACAACAACAAAAUCCAGAAAAACACAUAUAAAAAAUGUUAUAAAUUGAUUUGCAUUUCAAUGAGGGAAAUAAGUAUUUGACCUCCUCUCAAUCAGAAAGAUUUCUGGCUCCCAGGUGUCUUUUAUACAGGUAACGAGCUGAGAUUAGGAGCACACUCUUAAAGGGAGUGCUCCUAAUCUCAGCUUGUUACCUGUAUAAAAGACACCUGUCCACAGAAGCAAUCAAUCAAUCAGAAUCCAAACUCUCCACCAUGGCCAAGACCAAAGAGCUCUCCAAGGAUGUCAGGGAUAAGAUUGUAGACCUACACAAGGCUGGAAUGGGCUACAAAACCAUCGCCAAGCAGCUUGGUGAGAAGGUGACAACAGUUGGUGGAUUAUUCGCAAAUGGAAGAAACACAAAAUAACUGUCAAUCUCCCUCGGCCUGGGGCUCCAUGCAAGAUCUCACCUCAUGGAGUUGCAAUGAUCAUGAGAACGGUGAGGAAUCAGCCCAGAACUACACGGGAGGAUCUUGUCAAUGAUCUCAAGGCAGCUGGGACCAUAGUCACCAAGAAAACAAUUGGUAACACACUACGCCGUGAAGGACUGAAAUCCUGCAGCGCCCGCAAGGUCCCCCUGCUCAAGAAAGCACAUAUACAUGCCCGUCUGAAGUUUGCCAAUGAACAUCUGAAUGAUUCAGAGGAGAACUGGGUGAAAGUGUUGUGGUCAGAUGAGACCAAAAUCGAGCUCUUUGGCAUCAACUCAACUCGCCGUGUUUGGAGGAGGAGGAAUGCUGCCUAUGACCCCAAGAACAGCAUCCCCACCGUCAAACAUGGAGGUGGAAACAUUAUGCUUUGGGGGUGUUUUUCUGCUAAGGGGACAGGACAACUUCACCGCAUCAAAGGGACGAUGGAUGGGGCCAUGUACCGUCAAAUCUUGGGUGAGAACCUCCUUCCCUCAGCCAGGGCAUUGAAAAAGGGUCGUGAAUGGGUAUUCCAGCAUGACAAUGACCCAAAACACACGGCCAAGGCAACAAAAGAGUGGCUCAAGAAGAAGCACAUUAAGGUCCUGGAGUGGCCUAGCUAGUCUCCAGACCUUAAUCCCAUAGAACAUCUGUGUAGGGAGCUGAAGGUUCGAGUUGCCAAACGUCAGCCUCGAAACCUUAAUGACUUGGAGAAGAUCUACAAAGAGGAGUGGGACAAAAUCCCUCCUGAGAUGUGUGCAAACCUGGUGGCCAUCCACAAAAAACGUCUGACCUCUGUGAUUGCCAACAAGGGUUUUGCCACCAAGUACUAAGUCAUGUUUUGCAGAGGGGUCAAAUACUUAUUUCCCUCAUUAAAAUGCCAAUCAAUUUAUAUCAUUUUUGACAUGCGUUUUUCUGGAUUUUUGUUUUGUUAUUCUGUCUCUCACUGUUCAAAUAAACCUACCAUUAAAAUGAUAGACUGAUCAUUUCUUUGUCAGUGGGCAAACGUACAAAAUCAGCAGGGGAUCAAAUACUUUUCUCCCUCACUGUAUGCCAUGCACAUGUGUGUGUCAGUCCUGGGUUAUAUAUAUUAAUACAACACAACACAACACAACACACAAAAACUAACUAACUAACUAACUAACUAGACCUGGACAGUGACCUCUGACUCUUGCCGUUGUCCCCCAGAGGUCAUCUCCACCUGCCUACAGGAUGCCUUCCCUGAAACCUUCAAAUCAAAGCGGUCUAUCAUCUCUGUGGCAACCUGUGCCAUCCUUUUCCUGCUCGGCCUGCCGUGCGUAACCCAGGUAAGUCCUUAGUUACCAUAACUAAAGUAGGUCUUUAGAUACCAUAAUUUCGUUCACAUUUAUUUAUUGUGUGUGUGCCUGCCUGCGUCACUCCAGGCAGGGAUAUACUGGGUGACUCUGAUGGAUCAGUUCUGUGCUGGCUUUGUUCUACUGAUCGCUGCUUUGCUGGAGCUUGUUGGGGUGUUCUACAUCUACGGUAAGUAAAAAUAUGCUACGUAUACAGUAAAUUACAUGUUAUAGCUACAUAUAGAGAAUAUUACAUGUUAUGUUAUAGCUACAUUUACAUUAUAUUACAUGUUAUAGCUACAUAUACCUGAUAUUACAUGUUAUGUUAUAGCUACAUAUACAGGAUAUUACAUGUUAUGUUAUAGCUACAUAUACAGGGUAGUAUAUGUUAUAGCUACAUAUACAGGAUAUUACAUGUUUUAGCUACAUAUACAGGAUAAUACAUGUUAUGUUAUAGCUACAUAUACAGGGUAUUAUAUGUUAUAGCUACAUAUACAGGAUAUUACAUGUUUUAGCUACAUAUAUUGGAUAUUACAUGUUAUAACUACAUAUACAGGAUAUUCCGUUAUGGCUACAUAUACAGGAUAUUACGUUAUGGCUACAUAUACAGGAUAUUACAGGUUAUGUUGUAGCUACAUAUACAGGAUAUUACAGGUUAUGUUGUAGCUACUUAUACAGGAUAUUACAGGUUAUGUUAUAGCUACAUAUACAGGAUAUUACAUAUUAUGUUAUAGCUACAUAUAUUGGAAAUUACAUGUUAUAGCUACAUAUACAGGAUAUUACGUUAUGGCUACAUAUACAGGAUAUUACAGGUUAUGUUAUAGCUACAUAUACAGGAUAGUACAUGUUAUAGCUACAUAUACAGGAUAUUACAUGUUAUAGCUACAUAUACAGGAUAUUACAUGUUAUGUUAUAGCUACAUAUACAGGAUAUUACAUGUUAUAGUGACAUAUAUUGGAUAUUACAUGUUAUAGCUACAUAUACAGGAUAUUACAUGUUAUAGCUACAUAUACAGGAUAUUACAUGCUAUAGCUACAUAUACAGGAUAUUACAUGCUAUAGCUACAUAUACAGGAUAUUACAUGUUUUAGCUACAUAUACAGGAUAUUACAUGUUAUAACUACAUAUACAGGAUAUUACAUGUUAUAACUACAUAUACAGGAUAUUACAUGUUAUAGCUACAUAUACAGGAUAUUACAUGUUUUAGCUACAUAUACAGGAUAUUACAUGUUAUAACUACAUAUACAGGAUAUUACAUGUUUUAGCUACAUAUACAGGAUAUUACAUGUUUUAGCUACAUAUACAGGAUAUUACAUGUUUUAGCUACAUAUACAGGAUAUUACAUGUUAUAACUACAUAUACAGGAUAUUACAUGUUUUAGCUACAUAUACAGGAUAUUACAUGUUAUAGCUACAUGUACAGCAUAUUACGUAUGGAACAUAGUCUGUGACAUUUGUAUUAUGUGUUUGUGUGAAGGAGGAAAUCGUUUCAUUAAGGACAUAGAGAUGAUGAUUGGGACGAGGAGUUCUCUCUUCUGGCUGUGGUGGAGAGCAUGCUGGUUCUUUAUCUCUCCUGCUGUCAUCACUGUGAGUUCUCUCUAAGCUGUCUCUGUCUUUCUCUUUAGAACUUAGAUUCCAUCCUACCUGGCUCUGUUCCAUGGUCCUCAUUUCUCUAACCCCUUUUUUCCCUCUGGCACGCACACACGCUCUCUAAUGCGUGUGUGUUGUGUAGGUGAUCUUGGUUUGGUCGUUGUUGACGUUCCAUCCGCCAUCCUAUGGUACGGUGCAGUACCCUGCGUGGGGGGUGGCUCUGGGAUGGUGUAUGAUCGCCUUCUGUCUCAUCUGGAUCCCCCUCGUCGCCGUCUGGAAAAUACUCAACGCCCAAGGAAACCCCUGGCAGGUAGGUGUGUGUGUGUGGGCAGAAGUGUAGAUCCUUAGGACUUCUGAGAGUGUUUGGAACUUCUCCUGGAAUUGUCUGAAUCCUUUUUUCAAACCCAGGUCCUGGAAAGUUCAGGUCAAAAUGCAUGCAGUAUAUUAAAUAAAAUGUUAUUCGUCACAUGCUUCGUAAAUAACAGGUGUAGACUAACAGUGAAAUGCUUACUUACGGGUCCUUUGCCAACAAUGCAGCGUUAAAGAUCAACUAAAAAAGAUAAAUGGUACUUAGGGAAAAUCAAGGACGGAGGGGGGCUUGACUUUAUAAACGGCGGAGUAUAAAAACAAAACAAAAAAGUGCAGCCAAAAUGACUGCUUUAGCGUUUCUAGUGUUAAUGCCUCCCUAUUAAAGUCUGUUUGUGUGUCUCUCCAAGCGUCCUCUCUAUUACAGUACAUUUAAUGUGUCUGUCUCUCUGUCUGCAGCGUAUGUGUGCGGUGUGUUCUCCUGUAGAGGGUUGGGGUCCGUACCUGGAGGUCCACCGGGGAGAGCGGUACUAUAGGAAGAACUCUCUCCACCUGCCAGACAACAAUGUUUACCACAUCUCCAACAACCUCACACGCCUCUAA